CUUUUAUUGCAGUGAAACAUUUCGUUGAAAUAGAUUCUAUUCGAUUUCGCCAUAAAAUUCGUUUCUUCUUGUAAUGGCUUCUACGCCAAGUUUACCAGUUUCUUUGCUUAUCGCUAGCAAAUCUCAAGCAAUUGGUAAUGAGCCCCAAAAGAAGACUAGGGAAGACUGGAGGAAAGCAAAAGAACUCGAGGAAGCUAGGAAAGCAGGAACUGCUCCAGCUGCAGUAGAUGAAGAAGGCAAAGACAUCAAUCCACACAUUCCACAAUACAUUUCUUCUGCACCAUGGUACUACAACACUGUUGGACCCACAUUAAAGCAUCAAAGGCCCCAAGAGGAUGAGAAACAGAAACACCUAGCUAAAGUUGGAGAUUGGUUUCAACGUGGAGUAAAUCUUGACUCCCUUACAACCAAGUUUCGUAAAGGAGCAUGUGAAAACUGUGGAGCUGUGACCCAUAAAAAAAAAGAUUGCAUGGAAAGGCCAAGAAAAGUGUUGGCAAAAUAUUCUGGAGCAGAAAUAGCUCCAGAUGAGUUCAUUCAACCGGAACUUAAGCUGGAUUUUGAUGGUAAACGUGACCGUUGGAAUGGUUAUAAUCCAUCAGAGCACUUGGGGAUCAUUGAAGAAUUUGAAAAAGUUGAAGACACUAAACGCCAGCUUAAAGCACAGAGGCUUAAUACUGGAGAUGAAGAUGAUGGGGGUGAAGAAGAAAUGGAUGGUGAUGAAGAUAAAUAUGUUGAUGAAGUUGACAUGCCAGGAACAAAAGUAGAUUCAAAACAAAGAAUUACUGUUCGAAACUUAAGAAUUCGUGAAGAUACAGCUAAAUAUCUUCGGAACUUGGAUCCCAGCUCAGCCUACUAUGAUCCAAAGACUCGUUCUAUGAGAGAAAAUCCUUAUAAAGAUACGGGCAAAGAAGCAGAACAGGUUGACUAUGCAGGAGAGAAUUUUAUUCGCUUCAGUGGAGACACGUCAAAACAUGCUCAAGCUCAGAUGUUUGCAUGGGAAGCACAGCAUGCAGGUGUUGACGUUCACUUAUUGGCUGAACCAACCAAGGCCGAAAAACUCAAAGUCGAAUAUGUUGGUAAAAAGGAAGAGAUUAAAAGCUCUAUUCAGGAGAGUAUUCUUGAACGCUACGGAGGUAAAGAACAUUUACAAGUUCCACCAAAAGCACUUUUGCUUGCCCAAACGGAGCAAUAUGUUGAGUAUUCCCGAACCGGGAAAAUCAUCAAAGGUGCUGAAAAACCAGUAGUAAGCUCUCGCUAUGAAGAAGAUAUAUAUAUUAAUAACCAUCAAUCAGUUUGGGGCUCAUAUUGGAAAGACGGUCAAUGGGGAUUCCAGUGUUGUCAUUCGACAAUAAGAAACUCCUACUGCACGGGAGAGAGAAGCAAAGAUAUAGAUGAAGGAAAAAAAACAGGGUCGUCGGUGGCUAUAACUGCGAUCAAAGUCGAAUGCCCACCUUCGGAAAACGAAACUACGGAUAGCCAAAUAGAUGACCAAGUUGAAGAAGAACGUGAACCCGAAUUGCUUACGUCGAAUAAGGAAAAAGAAUGUGAAGCUUCAUUAAAAUCUGAGGCUCGAAGAAUGAAGAAGAGGGAAAAGAAGAAGAAAAAGAAAUCACAAAAAAAAACAAAGGGACUAAGGAAAUCCGCACACGAAAGCAGCAGCUCCGGUACUGAUGAAGAAACCGAAAAGAAGAAAAGAUUGCUUGAAGCUUUAAAAGUGGAAGAAAACCGUAUUAAACAAGUGGAACUUCUUAUGGGUUUAGACGAAAGGAAACGUCCUUACAAUAGUAUGGUAGAAACCAAAGCACCAAAUGAAGAGGAACUGGAAGCCUAUUAUAUUAAACGUAAACGUGACGAGGAUCCGAUGGCAUACUUUUAGAAUCCAUGUAGAAUAAAUAUGCGUAUUCUGA